AUGGCGUGCAACGCGCCGGAUCCAGGCCAUCAGUACCUGGUGGACCACGCGGAGAGUGACGUGGACGACCCCGACCUGGGGGCGGCCUCCAUGGAGGAACACGAUGCCGCUGGAGGCGGCGGUGAGGGAGUGGGUGGCUCCGCAGGAGGAGGCGGCGAUGUCCGGGACUGGCCGGACGACGACGAGGGGGGCAACAAGCAGUGCCACAUCCCAGAAGCCGGCAGGACAGGCGUCGGCUCCUCAACGACGCCGACUGCAGCAGCCGGCGUGCCGAAGCAUCGCGCCGACGCCAGGUUGUUUGGCAGCCGGCCGUCCAAGAAGGCCAGGGCCACAGUCGCCGCAACCAAGCGGCAAGAGGCCGCGAAGGCGGCCGCCAUCCGGAAAGGCCCGAAGCAGCGCCCGAUGGUGUCUGCGGCUCCGCUUUCUCUGUCGCGAGCCCCAUCCGCCUUGGUGAUUGGGGCGGCAGGCGGCCCCGAAGAUGCCCGCCGCAUGGACCCGGCUGCCGCCCUUCGGGAGGUGACAGAGAGGAAUGCGCGAGAGGUGGAGCUGGUGCGGGACGCCGCGGCCCGAUUAGAGGCAGAGGCAGCCGACGCGGCACGGGCAAAGGCCAACGCGGCGGCCAAGGCACAGGCCGACGCAGCGGCCAAGGAGCAGUCGGACGCGACGGCCAAGGCGCAGGAGGAGGAUGCGGCCCGCGACAAGGCUUCGAAGGCCACUGGCAUGCAGCAGCGGAGCCGCCAGUGGUGGAGGGCGAGGCGCCGACUGGAGGAGCCGAGGCCGACCAGACGGCCUUGGAGAGUUGAGGGGCCGACCCCAUCAUCCUGGAGACGGAAGUGCUUCCGCGUGCGCCGGAUGCUGGCGCGGGGCAACUGGCCCGAGGUGCCGGAGGUGCCACCAUCCAGCGGUGAGUUGGUCCUGAAUCGCGUCCCUGUGCGUCAGUGUCCAGCGCGGGCGGUCUCAGCACCGAGGUUAACGGCGGUUGGCACUGCGAGCUCAUCAGCGCCCAACACCGAGGCCGCCAGCGCUGCCCUGCUGGACUGGGAGUCAGGAACCAGCUCGGGUACCCUCAAUGGGGCGGUGAAGGGCAUCUUGGAGCGUUUCAACGCCCACAGUGCCACCCUCCUGAAGUCCAGGGAAGAACUACGGGGUAUGCAGGCGGCCGUCCGGGAUUACCACAACUCGCGUGUAGCCGCCUACAACGCCCAACAUCAGGCGCUGGCCAAGCGGACUGCCGAGCUGAACCAGAGUCGAGAGGCCGCCGCUCAGCUGCGGGUGCGCGUGGGCGAGCUCGAGACCGAGCUCCACACCAAGGAGCAGGAGCGCAGCCAAGCCGCCAAGGAGUGCGACCGUCUGGCGAAGGAACUGGCGGACCAGGCGGAGCAGCACCAAGCAGAGGUCUGCAGCUAA